GGAAGUUCCGGCACAGCGGGAAUCAGGAGCUGUGUGUCCCAAUAGGAUAGAGGCACUGCAGUACAGCACGGCUGGGGAGAAAGCAUGCUGUACAGCCAAAGGAGCCGCCCCCGCCUUAGGGAGGUAACGGGACCUCAGCCGCACUCCGUAGCAGUAGUGGCCAAGUUCCCUUCUAGCCGGCCAAUAGAUUUUGCCAUUCUUGAAAGGAGACGGUAUGAGGAGGCCAGAGAACAUAUGCUCACCUUCACAAAGCAGAACACCACAGAACGUGUGAAGAAUGAAUGGGCGAGGGUUACAGAGAAGAAGUUACUGCACAACACGGUGCAGAGGGCGGUUUAUCGGACAAUGCAGGAGUACAAAAUGCAUCUCGAGGAGAGAAGAGAGAGGCUCAGCACCUUACUGGAGAGGGAAGAGAUGGAGCAUAUUAAGGAAAUGGAGGCUAUGGAGGAAACCACUCUAGAAAGACAGGCCAAAAUGAGAGAGAGAGUGAAAAGCCUCAGAGAAAAGAGAGAAAAGGAACGAAUGGACUUUGUAGCAGAGAAACGUGAGCAGCAAUUCAGGGAUCAAUGUGAGGAACUGCGCUCAUUGAGGUCCCAGAUUCAUCUAAAUGAGGUUUGCACAGAAAGGAUGGCCCAGAUUGCACUAAAGGAGGAGAUAAACCGCCAGCGCAAGGAGGAGGACACCAUCUUUGAUCAGUUGUGGGAACACGACCGAUUGGCUAAAGAGGAGCAGGAAGAGAAGAAACGUCAGAAGCGAAUGGAGCUCAAUCAGGAAAUCGCCUCUCUUCAGAAAGCCGCCUCCGAGGCCCAGAAAAUGCAGGAGAAAUGGCUAAAAGACGAAGAAUCUAAGUUAGUGGCAGAAGAGCGGCGCCUCAUUAAGCUGGAGGAAGAAAGGAGUUUAAAAGAGAAGCAACAAAAUAGAUUGCAAGUUAAAAGCAUGCUGGAGGACUCAAUCCGGCUAAAAAUGAAACGAUUGGCCCGUGAACAGCAGGAGGAGCUGGCCCUCGACAUGAAGAUCUUAGAGCAUGUUAUGCAGGGCUAUCAGGAUGACACUGAGGAGAAACGCCAGCGUAAGAUGGAGCUGAAGAAAGAGCAGCAGAUCUAUCGGGAAUACCUCGCUCAGCAGCUGGAAGAAGAGAAGCGCCAGGAGAGAGAAAUGGACAAGAUGAUUGAAGCAGAGCUGGAGAAAUCCUGGGCCAAGAAAACAGAACAGAUGCGAAAGGAGAAAGAGGCACGGAACCGCCUGAUGAAGGAUGUUAUGGACACGCGCAGAGUCCAGAUUCAUGAAAAGUUGGAGAAGAACGCAAAGCUACAGGAAGAGCUUGCCCAAGAUAAGGAGCUGCUGCAAAGGGCAACAGAAGAGCACAAGCAGCUUGAAACAGAAAGAAAUGCCAGGCAAAUGAACCUGGCACAGCAGUACCAGCAGGAUCUCCUUAGCCAGGUGGCCUAUCAGCAGUGGCAGCGGCAAGCCGAGAGAGAAGAGGAACAGCGAGAGUACGAGGCGGGAAUGGCGGCUGAGAAGGCCUAUCAGAAUACACUGCGGGAAAUCCUAUCUAGGCCUUACGUUGGCCACGAGAACAUUCACCCCUUGAGGAGGGGCCGCAUUUCUAGCCCUAAGGACUGGCUCCCACAAUAGCCGGACUCACUCCCCAUUACAGCUCCAGCUAAAGUUCUUUAUUUGGUCACUUUCUUUUACUAUGAUCAUCUUGCACUGUGUUAUUUCAUAACAGGAACCAUAAAGAGUUAAUUAAAAAUAAGUUUUAUUGUUUUUCUGAAAAGCUACUAAAAUAAAGAAAAACUACAGAA